AGUUCGGAGCAUGUAUGUAAAGCGAAAGGGAAACCCGGGUUUUUGGCUGGUCCAGUUUUUGCCCAAUCGAUUAAUGUACAUACCCAGUUCUACUUCCAGUGGUAUCAACGAGUAUUGUGGUUUGGAGUAGUCGUGCAUAUGUGUUACUGCUGGUCGACUUUUGUACCGCCUAGUUCGUCCUUGUCUAUCUCACUGGAUAGCUUUAGCUAUGGCCAGUCCAUCAUCUUACGUCCUCUGGGCUCCACAUGAUUAUUCUAGGUGUCAUUUUAGCUUGUCUCACUCCCAUCCAACAUAAUGCUCUCCUAUUUUACUAACAAGCUGAACUUGCUGGGUCAGUCGUAACAUCAUCCCCUGGUUGGUUGACCUCUCGUGGGUGAGUGAGUGCAUAGUAGUGCAUACCAUCAACUUGGCCUUCUCCAUUUGCUCAGACUGCAUGGCUCGACUUCAAUGUUGUGUAGCUAGGUCAACCGAAAUAACAAGUUAUUAGUUGGGAGGAAGUGGCCAAUAAUAACCACAGUCUACCCACGUCGAUCGGGUGGGGUCUCGCUAUCCACUCUUGUCCAUCCAUCAUUUUCACUCCCCUUCAUUAGUAACCACUUAAAGCAGGAGUGUGAGGUAUGUCCCUGAAAGACUUGGGUCCGGAAGCUCUUGUGGAUGUGAGCAAGGGAUUGGUGGUGGACGAGGAUGGUUUGGCGGAGACUGGUGGCCUGGAGGGGGGGUCCCCACAGAGAAAAGUGGCGGCGACCGCUGCAGGAGGAGGAGGAGUAAAAGAGUUGAACGAGGACGAUGGGAAGAACAACAAGGAGUCGGGUGACGGGGGUGGAAGUUUGCAACCCAGUCCUUGCCACUCAUGGAUUUCCAAUUCUAGCUCCUGCACCAAUCUCUUUGAGGACGACGAUGACGAAGAGUGCGAAGGGGACGGGGGUGAGGACGACUACGAGUAUGACCCUUACACGCACGAGUAUGUUCCUCGUAUCAAGGAGCCCCCAGAUGGAGAAGAUAGUGAUGACGGCCUUCUUGUAAGUCGAGAACAGCGCGAUGCAUCGCUGUCAUUUGUGGCUCAAGCCUUACUGGAAAGUGCUCGGGCGAAUAAGGAGAGAUGGGACAAUGAGCAACAGGCGAGACGCCGAUCCUCGACCGAACGAAUCUCCUGUGUGGCCAAAAUGUUGUUUUGCUCAGGGAAAGCACUUUGUCACAUCUCAGAAAUGCCUCAACAUCUACGAUUCAAUAAGUACAUUUUAUCUGGCUAUCGACAAUUAGGCGAUUUUUGGACUUGUGUUCGCAGUUUGGGCUACUUGCACAACGAAACACUUAACAUUCUUACGCAUGUCGUUCCAAUCGUGUACAUCCUUCUCUAUUGGCAAACCAUGUUUCCGUGGGGUGCGAUUGAGGGAAACACUUUUCUCAACAUUUUGGGGUGGGCUCACAUCUCAGCCUCCAUUUCUCCAUGGAUAGGAAGCGUGAUUUACCAUCUCUUUAUGAGCUACAAUCAGGGUGGGGACCGUUUCUACCAGCUCCUUCUUCAAAUCGACAUGUUUGGAAUUUGGGUCACAGAAUGUUUCGGGGCCCUGUCAAAUCUGACGGCAGCAGCCUGGUGUCUUCCCAAGGACUACCAGACGGCCAUGAUGACGGCAUAUGGACUGGCCGCGGUGUGGGGUUUGCAGAAGGCAUUGACGGCAUGGACCCCACUCGCCCGACGAAUGUGCUUUGCUCCCGUGUUCAUUUCGAGAAUCCUGGCUUUCCUCCUGAGGAUAUCCCCUUGGGGAGGAGGCAACCCCGCCACCCUCAGCGACGUCGUUCUCCAGGAUGUCCUGUCAAUCCUGGGCGGAAUAAUUGGGGUGGUUCGCAUUCCUGAAAAAUGGUUCCCUGGACGGCUCGACCUUUGGCUCAAUUCCCACCAUAUCAUGCACCUCAUGGUUGUGUGGGCGGUGAUGCACAUGAAUGCUGCGACAAACGGGGACAUCAACUGGGUCAUCGGCAACUAUGAUCAAGCUCAGUGUCCGGUCACCAAUAAUUCCUAAAAAUUAAGAGACCAUAUGCAAAAAAUGUGCAUCUACCUACUCUACCCGUAAUACAUAAUCCUACUUGUAUAACUAAAAAUGCCUAGUCAAACCAAACUCAACGUUUUACCUGUUAUUUACCUGUCAAUUAAAUAUUCCGCAUUCUUGUAUUAUGCAUGAUGGCCUGUCGCCUUCCUUGUUGGCGAAAAAUGAAACGGCUGUUUUACUCUAGUCUUGGUCAUGCCAAAGAAGAAGAAUAUAUGCUUCAUGUGCAAGAAAGAGUCAAAUGUAUAGUAAUAAUAUAUUGCUAAUUGUUAAGUCUUACGCAAUAAAUACAAUGGACCAUGUUUAGGCUAUGGUGAAUCAGCUCAGCUCAUCACGCUGAAUGAUAAAAUAUAUAAUAAAAAGAAAAAAUGUCCUUAAUA